GGGGAGCAAAGCGUUAUGGCGACGACGACGGCGGCAGCUGUUGAGACGGAGAGUGGGGAGGGAGCGCAGGAGAUGAUGGAGGGUGAGAGGCCGGAUUGGAGCGCGCGGUGUCCGAAUCCGGGCCAGGGCAGAGCCAGGCCCGCUACGGCCGCUGCUGUUGACAGAAGAAUUGAGUCUGAAGAGUCGGGAGAUGAUGAAGGGAAGAAGCAUGCAGUUUGCAUAGUAACAGACCUCAGUCAACAGAGUUUAAGGGAAGAACAGAAUGGAGAGAAUUCAACAGCUGAAGCAGAGACCCCGGUGGAUAUGGAAACAAUUAGCCUAGACCCAGAAGCUGAGGAUGUUGACCUGAAUCAUUUUCGAAUUGGCAAGAUUGAGGGGUUUGAGGUACUCAAGAAAGUGAAGACUCUUUGUCUCCGUCAGAACUUGAUUAAGUGCAUUGAGAACCUGGAACAAUUGCAGAGUCUCAAAGAGCUGGACCUCUAUGACAAUCAGAUUCGGAAGAUUGAGAACUUGGAGGUCCUGACAGGUCUUGAGAUCCUGGAUAUUUCGUUUAACAUUUUACGGCACAUUGAGGGGCUAGAUCAGCUCACUCAGUUAAAGAAGCUCUUCCUGGUCAACAAUAAAAUCAGCAAAAUUGAGAACAUAAGCAACCUACAGCAAUUACAAAUGUUAGAGUUGGGAUCUAAUCGAAUCAGGGCAAUUCAGAAUAUUGAUACCUUGACUAACCUGGACAGCUUGUUUCUGGGAAAGAACAAAAUCACCAAGUUGCAGAACCUGGAUGCACUGACAAACUUAACAGUGCUUAGCAUACAGAGCAAUCGAUUGACCAAGAUUGAAGGGCUGCAGAAUCUGGUGAACCUUCGGGAGCUGUACCUCAGCCACAAUGGCAUAGAAGUCAUUGAGGGGCUGGAAAACAAUAAUAAACUCACAAUGCUGGACAUUGCAGCCAACAGGAUCAAAAAGAUUGAAAAUAUCACUCAUCUAACAGAACUCCAAGAAUUUUGGAUGAACGAUAACCUCAUUGAGAGCUGGAGUGACUUGGAUGAACUGAAAGCAGCCAAGAACUUGGAAACGGUCUAUCUAGAGCGAAACCCCCUCCAGAAAGAUCCCCAGUACCGACGCAAAAUCAUGUUAGCCCUUCCUUCUGUCCGGCAGAUUGAUGCCACAUUUGUCCGGUUCUGAACCAGUCCUCCCCACCCCCUUAUCUUCCUUCCUUCCUUCCUCUCAAAGUGUCACAGCUGGGAUUUUUAUCCACACUGCACCCUCCUGUCUUCAGUCGGCUGACACUUACAGAGCAAACGGCCAACAAACAGCACUGAUAUCAGACCUUGCAUAUGAUGCACACUCUCUUAUUGUUUUUGAAUAUGAAUAUGAUUAUUGUUAUUAUUAUUAUUAUUAAAUCUUAACGUGUGAGA